AUAAAAAUUGACGCGACGCCGUAUGCUUGCUAGGGCAUUUACGGAAUUAUUAUUUUAAUGAUAAAUUAAUAUGACUAGAUAUCUGUAGCUUCAUAAGUGACUAGUAAAUAUUGAAACAUAAUAGUUUAAUUAGUGUUAAACUAUAACGCAACAAAAUGGCCGACGACGUGAUAAAGCACUCCGUUCACACUUUGGUGUUCAGAUCGUUAAAGAGGUCUCACGAUAUGUUCCUGGCUAACCAGGGAAUGCUGCCGCCGAUUGAUGAGAAAGCUGAGAAAAUCCUAAAGUCUGUGAAGGCCAGAGACGGCUAUGGGCAAGUAAUGGUGGCCGUGCAGAAGGCUCAAGCAGUCAAGCAGCAGGAGGUGAUGAGCCGGCCGGAGACACCACAUGAUACAGAAAUUGCAGAAUCAGCAGCUCUAGGCUCCGACGGUGCCAUGCUCCCGUUCACAGGGCCCGCGCCGUCCCCCGCGCCCACAUCCACUGCUCUCGCGCCCCGGAAACCACCCACCAUGCCCAAACCCAAGUGGCAUGCUCCGUGGAAACUGUUCAGAGUUAUAUCGGGCCAUCUUGGCUGGGUGCGGUGUGUUGCUGUUGAGCCAGGGAACGAGUGGUUUGCUACAGGAGCCGCAGAUCGUGUAAUCAAGAUUUGGGAUCUGGCUAGUGGUAAACUUAAGGUGUCGCUCACGGGACACGUCAGUACAGUUAGAGGUAUGGAAGUUUCCUCAAGACAUCCAUAUUUGUUCAGCUGCGGUGAAGACAGACAAGUUAAAUGUUGGGAUUUAGAAUAUAAUAAGGUGAUCCGUCACUACCACGGGCACCUGUCGGCGGUGUACACACUGGCCCUACACCCCAGCAUAGACGUGCUGGUGACAGCGGGACGCGACGCCACCGCCCGAGUGUGGGACAUGCGCACUAAGGCUAAUGUCCACACCCUCACUGGACACACAGACACCAUUGCGUCACUGCAGUGCCAGGCAGGUGAACCACAGAUCAUCACAGGCUCGCAUGACUCCACGAUCAGGCUCUGGGACUUGGCUGCAGGCAAAUCUCUGUGCACACUCACCAACCACAAGAAAUCUGUGCGGUCCAUCGUGAUCCACCCCACGCUAUACACCUUCGCUUCGGCUUCGCCAGACAAUAUUAAACAGUGGAAGUGUCCUGAAGGAAAGUUCAUUCAGAACUUAUCCGGCCACAAUGCCAUCGUGAACUGCAUGGCUGUGAACCCUGAAGGCGUCCUCGUCAGCGGCGGCGACAACGGGACCAUGUACUGCUGGGACUGGCGCACCGGGUACAACUUCCAGCGGUUGCAGUCUGCAGUCCAGCCCGGUUCAAUGGACUCCGAGGCAGGCAUCUUCGCGAUGACCUUCGACCGUUCCGGCGCGCGUCUCAUCACGGCCGAGGCCGACAAGAGCAUCAAGAUAUACCGCGAGGAUGACACGGCCUCGGAAGAGACUCACCCUAUCAACUGGCGUCCGGAGAUUCUCAAGAGGAGGAAGUUUUAAUAAACUGUGGAUUUUUAAA